GCCCGCUAGGGAGAGAUGCAGGGGGAGGGGCUUCGGGCUGGGCUUCCAGCUGCAAACGCGUCAGGCGCCGAGGCGGGCGGGAUUUCUGCCUCCUGGGGACAGGACCUAGGCUGCGCGCGACCUGGGGACGUGUUCUCCGGGGCUAUGGGCACCUCCCACCAGGCCUUCCUGGUCCUCAGCUGUCUCCUCACGGGGCCGAGCCUCGUCUCCUGCCAGCUCUUAUUACCCUCCAUCCUUCCGAACGAGAAUGAGAAGGUUGUGCAGCUGAAUUCGUCCUUUUCUCUGAGCUGCUUUGGGGAGAGUGAAGUGAGCUGGCAGCACCCCAUGUCUGAAGAAGACGACCCCACCGUGGAAAUCAGAACUGAGGAGAACAACAGUGGCCUCUUUGUGACAGUGCUGGAAGUCGUCAACGCCUCAGCGGCCCACACCGGAUGGUACACUUGCUAUUACAACCACACUCAGACAGAAGAGAGCGAGAUUGAAGGCAGGCACAUUUACAUCUAUGUACCAGACCCAGACAUGGCCUUUGUGCCUUUAGGGAUGACGGAUUCUUUAGUCAUCGUGGAAGAGGAUGAUUCUGCCAUCAUACCUUGUCGCACCACAGAUCCAGAAACUCAAGUAACCUUGCACAAUAAUGGUAGGCUGGUGCUGGCCUCUUACGACAGCAGGCAGGGCUUCAACGGGACCUUCAGUGUGGGGCCAUACAUUUGUGAGGCCACCGUCAAAGGGAGGACGUUCAAGACCGGCGAAUUUAACGUUUAUGCUUUGAAAGCAACGUCAGAACUGAAUCUGGAAAUGGAAGCGCGUCAGACUGUGUAUAAGUCAGGGGAGACAAUUGUGGUGACCUGUGCUGUCUUCAACAAUGAGGUGGUUGACCUUCAGUGGACUUACCCUGGAGAAGUGAGAAACAAAGGCGUCACCAUGCUGGAGGAGAUCAAAGUCCCAUCAAUCAAAUUGGUGUACACUUUGACGGUCCCCAAGGCCACAGUGAAAGACAGUGGAGAUUACGAAUGUGCUGCCCGCCAGGCCACGAAGGAGGUCAAAGAAAUGAAGAAAGUCACCAUUUCCGUCCACGAGAAAGGUUUUAUUGAGAUCAAACCCACCUUUGGCCAGCUGGAAGCUGUCAACCUGCAUCAGGUCAGAGAGUUCGUGGUGGAGGUGCAGGCCUACCCCACUCCCAGGAUAUCCUGGCUGAAGGACAACUUGACUCUGAUAGAGAAUCUCACUGAGAUCACCACUGAUGUGCAGAAGAGCCAGGAAACAAGAUAUCAAAGCAAAUUAAAGCUGAUCCGGGCCAAGGAAGAAGACAGUGGCCAUUACACCAUCAUAGUUCAAAAUGACGAUGAUGUGAAGAGUUACACGUUUGAGCUGUCAACUCUAGUUCCUGCAUCCAUCCUGGAGCUUGUGGAUGACCACCAUGGCUCUAGUGGGGGACAGACUGUGAGAUGCACAGCUGAAGGCACACCCCUCCCGGACAUUGAGUGGAUGAUCUGCAAGGAUAUUAAGAAAUGCAAUAACGACACUUCAUGGACAACUUUGGCCAGCAACGUCUCAAAUAUCAUCACAGAGUUCCAUCGCCGAGGCAGGAGCACGGUGGAGGGACGAGUGUCCUUUGCCAAAGUGGAAGAGACCAUUGCAGUUCGAUGCCUGGCAAAGAAUGACCUUGGCACUGGGAACCGAGAGCUGAAGCUGGUGGCUCCUACCCUGCGUUCUGAACUCACGGUGGCUGCCGCGGUGCUGGUGCUGUUGGUGAUUGUCAUCGUCUCUCUCAUCGUCCUGGUUGUCAUUUGGAAGCAGAAGCCGCGCUAUGAAAUUCGCUGGAGGGUCAUUGAAUCUAUCAGCCCCGAUGGACAUGAGUACAUUUAUGUGGAUCCGAUGCAGCUGCCUUACGACUCCAGAUGGGAAUUCCCGAGGGAUGGACUGGUACUUGGUCGGAUCUUGGGGUCUGGUGCAUUCGGGAAAGUGGUUGAAGGCACAGCCUAUGGAUUAAGCCGGUCCCAGCCUGUUAUGAAGGUGGCAGUGAAGAUGCUUAAACCCACAGCGAGAUCCAGCGAAAAGCAAGCUCUCAUGUCUGAGCUGAAGAUAAUGACCCACUUGGGACCACACUUGAACAUCGUGAACUUGCUGGGAGCCUGCACCAAGUCAGGCCCCAUUUACAUCAUCACUGAGUACUGCUUCUAUGGCGAUUUGGUCAACUAUUUGCAUAAGAAUAGAGAUAGCUUCAUGAGCCGUCACCCAGAGAAGCCAAAGAAAGAGCUGGACAUCUUUGGAUUGAAUCCUGCAGACGACAGUACAAGGAGUUAUGUGAUUUUAUCUUUUGAAAACAAUGGUGACUACAUGGACAUGAAGCAAGCUGAUACCACACAGUAUGUCCCCAUGCUCGAAAGGAAAGAAGUCUCUAAAUACUCUGACAUCCAGAGAUCGCUGUAUGAUCGGCCGGCCUCCUAUAAGAAGAAAUCUAUGCUAGACUCAGGAGACAAAAGCCUCCUUUCCAAUGAUGACUCCGAGGGUCUAACUUUGCUGGAUUUAUUGAGUUUCACCUAUCAAGUUGCCCGAGGAAUGGAAUUUUUGGCUUCCAAAAAUUGCGUCCACCGGGACCUGGCUGCCCGAAAUGUCCUUCUAGCACAAGGGAAGAUUGUGAAGAUUUGUGACUUUGGCCUGGCCAGAGACAUCAUGCAUGAUUCCAACUACGUGUCAAAAGGCAGCACUUUCCUACCUGUGAAAUGGAUGGCUCCAGAGAGCAUCUUUGACAACCUCUAUACCACGCUGAGUGAUGUCUGGUCUUACGGCAUUCUGCUCUGGGAAAUCUUUUCCCUUGGUGGCACACCCUACCCUGGCAUGAUGGUUGAUUCCACUUUCUACAAUAAGAUCAAGAGCGGGUACCGGAUGGCCAAACCUGACCAUGCCACCAGUGAAGUCUAUGAGAUCAUGGUGCAGUGCUGGGACAGUGAGCCUGAGAAGAGACCCUCCUUCUACCACCUGACUGAGAUAGUGGAGAAUCUGCUGCCUGGACAAUAUAAGAAGAGUUAUGAAAAGAUUCACCUGGACUUCCUGAAGAGUGACCAUCCGGCUGUGGCACGCAUGCGCGUGGACUCUGACAAUUCGUACAUUGGUGUCACUUACAAAAAUGAGAAUGACAAGCUGAAGGACUGGGAAGGUGGCCUGGAUGAACAGAGACUGAGUGCAGACAGCGGCUACAUCAUCCCCCUGCCAGACAUUGACCCUGUUCCAGAGGAGGAAGACCUGGGCAAGAGGAACAGACACAGCUCGCAGACCUCAGAAGAGAGUGCCAUCGAGACAGGUUCCAGUAGUUCCACCUUCAUCAAGAGAGAGGACGAGACCAUUGAGGACAUCGACAUGAUGGAUGACAUUGGUAUAGACUCCUCAGACCUGGUGGAGGACAGCUUCCUGUAACUGGCAGGUUUGGGGAUUAUCUUCCAUUCCUGGGGCCUCCUUCGGAUCCCUUUGAGAAAACCACUUCAUUGCAAUGCAGAGGUUGAAAAGAGGACUUGGGUGAUGUGGAAAGAGAAGCUCCCUGCCACGGGCCUCAGGGAGCCUCUAUGAAAGAAUGGGAUACUUGGAUUGGACUUUGUCCGAGUUGCCCCUUGCAAUGCGUCAGAAGCAUCUCAGCGGUGUGUGAAGUUUGGAAAUGAAUGGACAAGAGAAUAACAGGCCACAGAAAGCAAGCUUUGUGUUUCCAGGGCGUUGGUGAGAUUCCCACACUCGCAAUUUGUGCUGCAACACAGCUUCAGCAUUGUAAUUAUGUAAAUAACUCUAACCAAGGAUGUGUUUAGAUUUGUGUUAACUCUCCUCUCUGGACUUCUGAAGAGACCACUCAAUCCAUCCAUGUACUUCCCUCUUGGAAUCCAGUACCAGCUGCUGUUGAAUUUUCUCAUGAAGUACAUGCAAAACCACUUUGAACCUUGAAAGGUACUGGGGCCAUCCUGUUUUACUGUCUUAUUAGUGUCAAAGAGGCAAAAGAUGAUAACUAACCAACCUUGAGUAACAGAUUUGGGUCUUUUAGGAGCCCAAGAUCUCUGUAUAUUGUAAUGAAUACUUAUAAUACUACUACUGUUAACAGUAAUGCUAAAUAUGUAAUCCUUAACACAACUUCCCAACAGAGAAAGCACAAUUAGAACAAAAACCCUUACUAAGUAGGUGACAAGUUUGGCAGUUUUUGACAUUUAUAUUAAGUAACAUGUUUCUCAGUAAAAUAUAAUAGCUUUAGUGGAUUAAAGUUAGCAAACACUAGAGAGCAGAGUAUAAGUAGUAUCGUCCAGAACUUUUUGAUGCUGUGUAUUAAGUAGUGUUCUCCCUAAUCCAAGGCACUAAAAGCAGUUAAUCACCUCUGAAGUAAUGGGAUUAGAAACAAACAAAGUAGAACCCCCGUGUCCUGGAUGUUCUCAGUAUAAAGGCUUAAGCCUGGGCCCAAUGUGACUUCUCAUGCUGUGACCUUGUGGAAAUGAACAGUCUACAAAAGGACUCAGAUGGGCAGAAGUUUCUUUCAUGGCCAGACAUGACUUUGAUGGAUCCCACCCAUCCCUACUUUUUGAAUCUGUGACCUUUAAGGAUGCUUCAACAUCAGCACCACACUUUCCUCUCUUGUCUUAAAGAGACAGAGCUGCAUAUCCCAAAACCACAAUGGUGCUGUUGAAUGAAGGUUGUAUGGACAUUAGCUUGGCUCCCACUGUUAACUGCAACUUCAGUCACUGGCCCUGGGUCUUUCCCCCAGAGAUUUGGAAUCACUAGGUCUGAGGAGAGCAGGAACCUAUCUAUAUUUUAGUAAACUCUUUGGUGCUUUUGGUCAACCAGUGUUGAGAAAACACUGGCUUGAGUUACAGAGGGUUGCUGUGGGUGGGGUAAUUUUGAAAUUUGGAAUUGGGUAGAAGUCAACCGUGCAGGAAGGCUACUUAGCAGGAAGGCUACUAUUUAAGUUCUUGGCUUCAUGACAAUAACAUCCGAUUCCUAGUCUUAAUUUAAGUUUGCAGGCUCAGCUGAGCAAAAUCUUGGUUUGGGCACAUCUUCCAGUUCUAGACAAUGUGGGUACCACUUCCCACUGGGUGGGGAACCUGAGCUUGUCCACCUCCAAGAAUGUCCACAGAUUAGGUAACUCCGUGUGUCAGGUCUUUGUAUAGUCUGCUUGGUGGAGAAGAUGAAAAAGUUUUCCGGAUUUGGGGGAGGUUUAGGUGGGAGGAUAUUACAGCCAUCCAAACUGUCAGACUGGUUAUCCCGAGUUCAUCGGCAUUCUCUGCAAUGUGCCUAAUUGCUGACUCUGUAUGAAUGAAACAUGGGCUGUGAUUACUGCAAUCACUGUAUAUGCCUCCAGCAGGUGAUGCUUUGGACGCCACAGAAGCAAUAACAGGGUACUUGACUCCCUACCGGUAUAAUCUCAAAGCAAACCCCAACUUUCCCUUUUCACAGUAAGUGUGAAGACUGAGCCAGAUUGGCCAAUUAAAAAACAAAAACCUGACUAGAUUCUUUAGGGCCAAUUAGACUUGAAACACAUUCGUGUUUCUAGAAUUGCAGCUCAAACAUUUGUUUGUCACCCAAUUGCACAGCCUUGUUUUUGUUCUUGUUUUUUAAUUCUGAUUUUGCUUUGGGCCUUGCAUGAUGCCAUGAGGUUGGAUGAACAGUUCAUGUCCUUAGCAGCACUCUCCUCUGAGAGUAAAUGAGAAUACAUUUGUUUUUGUUUUUUUGAGGCAGGGUCUCUUUUAUGUAUCCCUGACUGUCCUGGAACUCACCAUAUAGACCAGGCUAGCCUUUUUACUCUUAGAGAUCCAUUUGCCUCUCUGCCUCAUACGUGCUGGGAUUACAAGCAUGCACCACCACACUCAGCAAGAAUACAUUUUUUAUUUUUAAACAGGGUUUUGUGUGUAUCCCCAAUUUAUUUCCUUUCUGGCCUCCUGCAGAGUCUCCGGAAGAAAAUUUGCCAAUCAUUCCUGCUUUCUAUUUUUAUGAUGACAAUCAAAGCUGGCCCGAGGAACACAAUUUAUGGAUUUUUAAAUGAUCAGAGAUGCCCUUAAAAUGUGGUCUGCCAACCUGUACAAAAUGGUCCUAUAUUUGUGAAGAGGGACGUAAGAUAAAAUGAUGUUAUACAUCAAUAUGUAUAUAUGUGUUGCUAUGUAGACUUGGAGAAUACUGCCAAAACGUAUAUGACAAGCUGUAUCACUGCCUUUGUUUAUAUUUUUUUAACUGUGAUAUUCCCCACAGGCACAUUAACUGUUGCACUUUUGAAUGUCCAAAAUUUAUAUUUUAGAAGUAAUAAAGAGAAAAAAUACUUACAUGUUCCCAAGAUGGUGGUGUGGUGAAUGCUUGAGAGCGACUAACUCCAUAGGGAGGGUCUGCCGAUGCAAGAUGGCUUCCAAAUACCCCUGUUCAUGUUUUGUUUUAAAAAGUGUAAAUGGAGAUCUUUAUAUUUCAAUAAAUGAUUUAUUAUAUAUGAUUUAAAGUUA